UUUGCCUUAUUUUUGUGAAACCGGCAGUCACUCAGGUAUACAAUUUCGAUUCAGAAUGGCAUUGAAAAGAUUGUAAAGUUUCAAUUUUUUGAAAACAUGGACAAAUGUUAACACAGCAGUGACGUUUCUCAUUAAAGAAAUAGAAACGAGACAAUUUGCAAAUAUGAGAAGAAGCUUAUGGGACAAACUUGUCUAGAGUGUUCCAUUCGAAAGUGUCAGAGAUGUUAAACGAAAGUUGAGAAAAAAAAACUAAAUUGCAUGGACUUACAGAUGUAAUGGAGAGGUUUUCUAUACCCGCAGUGUCCAUUUGCCUGUAAACUCGUGGAAAUGAGGUGCGAAUCGAUCAUCAGUUUAUUUCUGUAUUACAGAACAACCUGACGGAAGAAUACAAAAUUAGACCAUUUUCAAACUCUGUCAUCGUUUAAGAAAAACAUGCACAAAAGAUGUUCGCUCACAACGCGGUUUGUGGGAUAUUUUAAGAAGUCUAACGACAAAAAUACAACUGCCUACUGCAAACCUGUUUCGGAACAUAGAAGAUGCAGGCCAUAACGAGAGACUCGUACAUACAAGACAUUAAAGACAGUAGAUUGAUGUCAACGGAAUUAGCAGAUAUAGGAUAUAGUGAUCGUUACAGAAAAAAACAAAGAGAGUUGAUAUUAAUACUGAGCGAAUGUCACAACAUAAUCCAAAGUGUGCUGAACAAUGGAAACAAAAUAUCUGCUUUUACAGUUGGAAGCAAGAUAGAAGGUACUUCCCUAAAAGACUCAGACUAUGAUAUUCUGUUCGGACCAUCAGCUGAAUAUGUUGCUGCCAUAUGCAGUCCUAAUGAAGAGUUAGAAGGUCGUUUAAACAUUCUGAUUGUCAAAAAUGAUAUAUCACCGCCUGGCCAUGCGUGGUUAAAACUACUUAAGAAUCCCACACUGCCGAUAUCUGUUACGAAAAUUGACUGCCUUGAAAAUGAGGAAUUGUGCAGGAUCUUAAUCCAGAAUGAAUUAUUUGGUCAAAUUUACGUCAGCUUGGAAGGAGUUCCAGAUGUAGACCAACAACUGCUUUUUACGUGGCCUGGUACUCUCUUUAUAGACGACAUUGAUCUGAUGUUUUAUAUCCCAAAUAGUCUGUUUACAUUAAUUGGAAGUCAAUUGUGGGCCAGUAAGGCAUCAAGAUCGGGGCCCUCUUUCUCUGAUAGUGAUACAGAUCUUGUCCGUGCGAUAUUUUGCGACAAUGUUUACCCUAGGGAUCAAGACCCGAUAACUAUUGGAGGAAACCUCUACGGUAAUCUUCAAGUACCAAAGGAACAUCCAUGCAAUUUUGUCCCUGUUGGUCACCCUGAAAGCAAAGAUGCGAUGUUGGAAUGGCGAAUUUCGUACAAUUUGACCGAGAGAGACAUCAUUCUUGGUCUGAACACUACACAAAUUCAUACGUACGUUGUGUUAAAAAUGUUACAGAGAAGCUGUUUUAAACACUUUUCUGGGAAUACUUUCACAAGUUAUCAUUGUAAGACAUCUUUGUAUCACACAAUCGCUUCCAAUGUGACAACAAUUUGGAUGGAGGAUAAUCUGAUUAACUGCGUUCGACAAUGUUUGAAGAUAAUCCGAAUGUUUUUAAAGAAGAAAUUUUGUCCACAUUUCUUUAACAAGGCAUUUAACAUUUUCAGUGGAAAACUGCCAAGGUGCGGCGAACAUUGGAGCACCUUGAUUGCAUUGGUUGAUUGUUUGGUAGACGACCCGAAAAUAUAUUUUCAAUGUCUCGAAGAAGAACAAAUAAAACUAAAUCGAACGCCAGGUUUGCCAAUCGAAACUGAAGACUUCGUUUUGAGAUGCAUAACACUUGUGGAACAAUUAAACAAACACAUCGUGCAUCCUUAUAUUCCUUUCGAAAGCUGUGCUUCAAUCAUAAGGCUAGAUGACAUUCGAAAAACGCGUAUGAUGUAUAAAACGCUUCAAAAGAAUAUAGGAUAUCAGAUCGAACGUGCUUCGUCUGGUCAGCGAAAGGAAUGCGCCGACGUCGUACUCUCAUUGGUGAAAGUAAGACACUAUUUGCUUUCAGCGGCAUACUUGUUAGAACAAGGUAAACCACUUAAAAAUACCUUGCCGAAUAAUAUUCUACCCGACGCAUUGUCACAGGACUUGCAAAUGUCCUCUCUCCUGUUUGUGUGCAAAAAAUAUGAUCAGUGCCGAUUGUGUUUAGACCGUGUUUUCUUAAAAAUUGCCACUGACCCAAUGUUCUUUGUUCAGUUUGUUAACAGGGGUCGUUGUUUACUAAGAAUUGACAUGGAAGUAUUCUUAAAAAGAUACAAUGGACCACUUCCAAUCACUAACAUUUCCGCAUGGACAUUUAUAAAACGUCAUGUCUCAUUGCAAGUUAUAUUCCUCGUGCAUGAACUUCGUCUUUUACAUCCACUGCUGCGGUUUGAAGCCUACAGGUUUCUGUUUGAAGAUAGGAGAAAUAUGUGUAGAGUUGACGACGAGUGGUUUUGUGUUGUUCGUUUGGAUUCCAUUCCAUUUCUGUUCUUUAUGCAGUACCUUGUCUACAAAGAAUUAGGACUUGAGGAACAGAAAUACGAGGCUCUCGUGCGUUUGGAAUUGUGCAUUGACUAUUCCUCUAUGUCAGAUCGACAUAUCGCAAUGAAUAUGUUUGGUAUCUGCUGCGAGUUGGAAUGGAAUUAUAUUAAAGCGGUUCACUACUACGCACGAUCAUUAAAAAUGCAGCCUCGAUUCAACGCUGCAAAAUGCCAUAUCGCGCUCUUAGUGUGGAAAAUAUGGGUGAAGCACAAUGUAGAAUUAGUGCAAGCUGGUAUAUUACAAAGCGUGUUGAGCAACGUUGACUAGAUUUUUCCUUGCUUGUUAUCACAGGUAAGUGGAUAAUAAACCAAGGAAAAUUGGGUUGGGGGUAUGUAAGGCUUCGUAGUGUGUUAUGUUGAACAAAAUGUUUAUGCAUGGUGUUGUAUUUUAAGAGCAGAAUAAACAACGUUCAGUACUGCAAAUGAGAAUGAAACGAAAAGAAGCUUAUCCAUGUUAGCUAUGGAUUUGGGUUAACACAAAUCGACCUAAAGUAAUAACAAUGGUACAUGGUAUUGUUAGCGAGGACAGUUACAGAAAUGAACAAAGAAAUGAACGUAAAUAAUAGACCUGAUCUUGUUAGCGAUUGAAAUGGGUGAAUUGAAAAUGAGAAUAUAAAUAAUGAUGGAUUUGAAAGUGGUUGAAGUCAGUACAAAGAAAAUGACUAAAAAUGAUAACAAUCACGUUUUGGCUAAGGAUCAUUAACAACGGAUCAUCGUAAUUCUCUCUUUUUAAAGCAACCUAAUAUGAACUCAACAGGAUGCAUAGCUCGUAUGAUGAACAUUUAGUUACAGAAGUUUCAACUCUUAAACUUUUUUAAGCUUUUAUUUUUGGGAUGCAUGAAUAUUUAUUAUGAAGUUCAUUGUGAAUUUUUUUUAUAUGAUUAUGUGCCAUUAUACUGUUUGAUUUUUCGACACAGAAAUAAUAUAUUACAAAGUCUGAAUAUUAAAUAUACUUUAACUUUAUAGAUUUCCUUUGACAUACAUUUGAAAGAGUUACCACUGACAGAAGAGUGUAUCUUUAUUGCAAAUUGUUAUCUUUAAAAGAUAUAGAUGUAUUGUUUGUAUCUCGUUUCAUUGUGAACUGGUAUAUUGUUAUGAAAAUAUGUCUUUAAUAUUGUA